CGAGUGUUUCGCGUUUCGCUUUCGUUCAUCCUCUUUCGUUUCUGUUUAAUUUAUUGAAGGGAAGCUCAAUUCAUAGAAUCGAGCAUUUCAAUGUUUUAAUAAUUUAACUUAGAUUGUGAUAUUUUUGUAUGUACCUAUUAAUUUAACUAUAAUAUUUGUGCUGCGAAAUGAUACAUCAAUUAUCAAAUUAAUAUAAUUUAAGAUUAGUGACAGUUAUAUUUGGCGUUUGAAGGUUAUAAAUAUAUUCAAGCCUUUAUUCGUCUUUUGUGAAAUUACUAUUUUCAUUAGAAUAAAAUGGAAAGCAUGGACGUCGCACAAGAAGGUACAUCAGCAGCAUCCACACCAGUACAGGAAAACGGACCCGAUAAAAAUGUAACAGCGGAGGAGAUGACGUCCAGAGAUUAUUAUUUUGAUUCGUACGCACAUUUUGGAAUACACGAGGAAAUGUUAAAGGAUGAAGUACGCACGCUUACAUACCGAAACGCGAUGUACCACAAUAAGCACUUAUUUAAGGGAAAAACUGUACUGGACAUUGGCUGUGGAACUGGUAUUCUGUCAAUGUUUGCCGCAAAAGCUGGAGCUGCCAAAGUUAUUGCCGUAGAGUGUUCCAAUAUUGUAGACUAUGCACGGAAGAUUGUAGAGGCAAAUAGGCUUAGUGAUGUUAUAGAAAUUGUUAAGGGAAAGGUAGAAGAAGUGGAACUGCCAGUGGAUAAGGUGGACAUCAUAAUCUCAGAGUGGAUGGGCUACUGCUUGUUCUAUGAGAGCAUGUUGGACACCGUGCUGUAUGCAAGGGAUAAGUGGCUCAAAGAAGAUGGCAUGCUGUUCCCUGAUAGAUGCACUCUAUUCAUCUGCGGAAUUGAAGACCGCCAGUACAAGGAUGAGAAAAUCAACUGGUGGGAUGACGUGUACGGUUUCGACAUGUCCUCGAUUAGGAAGGUAGCCAUCUCAGAGCCACUGGUUGAUGUAGUUGAUGCUAAACAGGUGGUGACAAACUCUUGUUUGCUGAAAGAAAUUGACUUGUACACAGUUAAGAAGGAGGACCUCAAUUUCGAGUCCAAGUUCCAUCUUCAGGUGCGCCGCAACGAUUUUAUCCAAGCUCUGGUGACGUUCUUCAACGUGGAGUUCACGAAGUGCCACAAGCGGCUCGGCUUCAGCACGGCGCCCGAGGCCGCCUACACGCACUGGAAGCAGACCGUGUUCUACUUUGACGAGUACAUGACGGUGAAAAAGGGUGAAGAAAUAAUGGGCACGUUCUCAAUGAGCCCGAACGCUCGCAACAACCGCGACCUCGACUUUGAGAUCGAGAUCUCGUUCAAGGGCGAGCUCUGUCAGGUGCAAGAGAAGAACCACUACCGGAUGCGUUAGUGUGGAUGUGGUUAUGUGCUGUUGAUGACGUCGUCGAUCGCAAUAGACACAGGUACGGUCGGCGGAUUUGGUUCGAUUUACUUUUGUGUAGGGUCAGCAAAAAAACUUUUGUAUGUUGGUAGUGAUUUCGCACAGGUUGGCAUGGCUGUUGAAACUUUUUUGUGCUAAUGGUGGCAUAGUCAGCAAGUUAGGUUGGCUUUUAUCAAUGAUACCUAGUGGGAUUUUUUUAUAAACUAGCUGUGUGGUUUCGUCCAUGUUGUACAUGGUGCUAUAUAGCCUUCCUCCAUAAUGAAAUUUUAAAUUGGACCAGUAGUUUCUAAGGUAUAACAAACGCGUGUUGAACAAACAACAAACUCUUGAACUUUAUAUUAUUAGCAUAUUGUGCAAUAAAACUCAUUUGUUAGGUUUAUUGUCUAAGUGUUAUUUGUUUAAUAUAAUAAUAUGUUUUAAAUUUAUUCAUAUUAAACUAACUGAUGUGCUCAACUUAAAUUGCUGACUGUACCAUGCUUUGCUGACUGAACCGAUAACAAAAUACCAAUAUUGAUCCAAUACAUUAGUAGUAUAUUCACAGAUAAAGCCGACUGAAUUCAUAAAAUUUUGAACAACGAUUAUUAAUUUCAUUUAAUAAAAUACAAAUUUUAAUCUUUCCCACUCUGUUUGUAAACAAAUUACGCUCCAUAACGUUUCUUUUAAAGUAUUAAACAUGAAAUGGUAUAAAUUUACUCCCUGAAAGCUUUACAUCAAGGAAUCGCCAAAAAACGGAUCCAUUACUGCCAGAUAGAUUAACUGUGUCUUAUAUGUAAUGUUUCUUUCGAAUUUAACAAGCUUUUAGGUAUCAUCAGAAAUGUUUACAAUAAUUUUACUGAUAGAUGGUGUUGCUAUGAUGUUAUGUUAAAAAUCUCAUAAAUUAAAUACUGUAUUAACAAGUACAAUGUAAUUCAAAACCUCCUGGCCCUAUACAUUGUCAUUUAAGGAUUAUACUAGCAUGGGUAUACCUUAUCGAAAUAUUUUUUAGACCGAUAUUAAUCAAACAUACUUGAGACCCCACCGCAAGGAAAAUGGCAAAAUGGAAAAUUGUAAAUGAAAAAAAAAUCCAUAUCCUGAGUUACUUCCGUUUGACAAAUACAUUACAACACAAAGACUCGCUGUCGUCCAAGUGCAUAUUAGAACAACCUUCUUUCUGCCUUGUAGCUUAAAGACGCAAUCUUUGAAUCCUUUUAAAAUAAAAUUACAUAUAAAUACGUUAGAAUCUUUAAAUAAUUUUAAAAUAAUUUGUGCUGUGUACAAAAGAUACAAUUCUCAAAUUUCAUACUACUACCAAAACUAAAAAUGGUGAAAAUCUUUUUUGCAUUGCGUCAAUACAUUGUACUAUUAAUAAAUUUGCUAUGGGACUUUUGCGGUGAAAUACUCCCGGAUUUUAUAUAAAUACCAAAAAUUCUUUCCCUCUAGAAAUCAUCUCGUUUUUUUCUUUGUUUCAUUGAAACAAGGAAUUCCAAGAGGCAUCUUUUACUGCUAUGAUAUAUAAAUAAAAAGGAAAAUACUCUUUACGAAACCUUAGCACACAUACCUACAUUUGUCAUGUUAAUAUAGCAAUAACCGACACGACACGAGAUAGCAUGAUUACUAAAAAGAGAAACAUGUACCUCAUAUUCCUACUUUAAAGUAAGAUAAAUAACUUGAUUCAGGAUCUUAUGAAAGGGAAAAUCUCUGCACUUAUAUAAUAUGUACAUUUAUAGUUUACAAUCCUUUUCCAAUCCAAAAAAUAUGAUUGAUUAUGUUACAUUUGUAUUGCAGUGGCCCCAAUAUCUACAUUUCCUAAACACUUAUCACAGCAGUGCCGUUAUAUGAAAAGAUUAGUAAUAUCCUAUAGUUGUCUCUUUCUAUCGCUCUAAUACAUAAUUAACUAGAGUGAGAAAAGUAGUAACGGUCGUAUUAUCGACACGCAUAUGCUAUUUUCCCGCUCUAUUAUAUGACGUUUUGUGAGUGAUAGAAAGGGACAGCACUACGGGAAAGGUUUAACUCGUGUCUACGUUACGUAGUGACGUGUAUUCUAGAUUCAGCCUAAGACGUAUCGACCUCAAACAUUAGCUGUAAUCUUAAUUUAGUUUUAAGUACUAUAAGCUUUGUAUUCGCAUGUAAGGUUUCAAGUAAAAUUAUAAAUUCUGUGAUGACAUUGAA